CGAAGGCCCCCCUUUUUCCUUUCUCAUCCACCUCCCCCUCCGGACUUCUUGUACCGGGCUAGGUAUCUUCUAGGACCACUGCCGGACUCGCUGUCUUCCGAUUGUGGUCUCUCCCCGCUUCUUUUUCUCUCCCACCCCUCCUCCAACUUUCUCCGAAUUCUGCAUUCCAUUCGAAAUACAUCCCCACGAUUCGGGGUGACGACUUGACGAGACGACGAAUUUCAUUCUGUACUAUCAUCUACGUCUAUACUUUUGUGCGUUGAGCUUGUAGAGUUUCAUCUCCCUGUAUCCUGGGCGUUGCUUGGACCCGUGUCGACCUACUGCGGAUCUCUGCAUUUAACGGCCGCACCGAAACCCUCCUCCGUCUGCUGGACCACGCAAAACGAUUCAUCUUGGGAGACUCUUUAUUUCAAUUCCAUGAUGCCGUCCGAUAUCCCUAAGGUUGUACCUUUGACGUGCCACGGACACUCGCGCCCCGUGCCGCAUCUUAGCUUCUCCUCGACCGUGGAGGAUGACCAGUACUAUCUCAUCUCUGCUUGCAAGGACAACAACCCCAUGCUCCGAGAUGGCAUCACUGGCGACUGGAUUGGAACUUUCCUCGGUCACAAGGGAGCAGUAUGGCAAGCCCGUCUCUCCACAGAUGCCAACAUAGCAGCAACGGCAGCGGCAGACUUCUCUGCUAAAGUCUGGGACACUCACUCCGGAGAGUGUCUGCACACGCUGCAACACGCGCAUAUCUGCCGCGCCAUUGCCUUCCCCAUCCAGCCGUCCCCGCGGGUCCUCGCAACCGGUGGAUAUGAGAAGAAGCUGCGCAUCUUCGAUCUCUCACGCAGCAGCGGCAGCGGCAGCAACAGCAACAGCUCGUCGCCCACCUUCCCGUCCCCUACGAACGGCGACAACGGCGCCGCGGCCCUCACCAGCUACGAGAUCGGCCCCGGUGUCCACGGCGGCACCAUCAAGUCCAUCAUCUGGAACCAGGAUUACAACAUCCUCACGACCGCCGCCGAAGACCGCAAGAUCCGCUGGUGGGAUCUCCGCUCUCGCCACCCUAUCGUCGAGCACACCGUCCAGGGCAACAUCGGCAGCUGCGAGCUCAACACCCUCGCCACGCGGCCCAACGACCCCGGCAUCCUCACCGUCGCGGCGGGCAAAUCCGUCUACCUGUUCGACGGCAUGAACCCAGGCCGUCUCCUCAAGAAGUCAACCUUCAACUACGAGGUCGCCAGCGCAGCCGUCAACAACGAAACCGGCCGAUUAGUGACGGGCAGUGCAGACGACACCUGGGCACGAGUCUACGAUCUCCGAACAGACGAAGAGCUAGAAGUCCAAAAAGGCCACCACGGCCCCAUCUGGUCCGUCAGCUUCUCCCCAGACGGAAAACUCUACGGCACCGGCAGCGAAGACGGAACCAUCAAAUUGUGGAAAGCCUGUCGCGAGACGUACGGUUUGUGGCGGUGAUAUUUAUAUAUAGAAACCACAUCUCCACAUUAUACCUCUUUGCUUCCGUUAUCUUCUUUCUCACUAAAUGUAAGGAAAUCAACUUACACACCUGCUACCUACCUAUCUGUCUACCCACCGUCCACCUCUACUUCCGUCCCCCAUGUAUAUACAUACCAUAUCCCC